GGGAGAGGUUGAUCGUUAAAAUGGUUAUUAAUAUAGCAGAUCUCGAAGAACAAGCUAUCAAUUUAUUUUCUCGAUUGGGAUUUUCAAGAGAAAUUUCUAGUCUUAUAUGGAUUCUAAUCGACAUAAUUAUCCUUCUAUUGGGAAUUACAAUAGGAUUAUUAGUUAUUGUAUGGCUCGAAAGAAAAAUAUCUGCGGGAAUACAACAACACAUUGGACCUGAAUACGCCGGUCCUUUGGGAAUUAUUCAAGCCUUGACGGAUGGAAUAAAACUACUACUAAAAGAGGAUAUUAUUCCAUCUAGGGGGGAUAUUUGGUUAUUUAGUAUUGGACCAGCGGUAGUGGUCAUACCUAUUUUUUUAGGCUAUUUAGUAAUUCCCUUUGGUCGCCACAUUAUUUUAAUGGAUCUUAGUAUAGGCAUUUUUUUUUGGAUUGCAAUUUCAAGUAUUGCUCCCCUUGGACUGCUUAUAGCAGGAUAUGGAUCAAAUAAUAAAUAUUCUUUUUCAGGUGGUCUCCGAGCUGCUGCUCAAGCUAUUAGUUACGAAAUUCCUUUAGCUUUAUGUGUGUUAUCUAUAUCUCUACGUGUGAUUCGUUGGAAUAUGAGAUUCAUUUUUCCCUCUUUUUAUUUCUACUAA